AUGGACCAUGAAGGAAGUUCUUCAUAUCCAUCCCCGCUUCAAGCGUCCUCUCCACAAGCACCAACCGUCGACCCUCGCCCGGGUCCCACAAACGAUCCCGCCAGUCCCUCCCCCAUUUCCGCCAUCUCCCCGCCCACUUCCGCCUCGCUUCCUCCGCCCAGCUUCCCCGCGUGGUACUUCUCCCCGCGCCACGUGGCAGCUUACUACAGGGUAAACCUCGACACGGGCCUCUCCGAAUCCGACGUGGCGCGGCGGCGCGCAGCGCACGGGUGGAACGAGCUAGACCGACCAGCGGGCACACCGUUCUGGGACCUAGUCUUAGACCAGCUUAACGACACAUUAGUUAGAAUCCUCGUCGCCGCCGCCGUGGUCUCGCUCGCGCUGGCGGUUGCGGAGCAGGGCGGGGGGGUGGGCGCGGGAGGCGCAGGGGGAGGCGGAGGCGGAGGGGGACUGGCGGGGUACACGGAGCCGGUGGUGAUCGUGGCGAUCGUGGUGCUGAACGCGCUGAUCGGCGUGUGGCAGCAGGUGCAGGCGGAGCAGUCGCUGCAGGUGAGGGCAUGGUGGCAGGGGAGGGCGAGGCGGGCCCUUACUGCCUGGUUGGCUGCUGGCUGGAUGUUUCAAGGUGGAUGGUUCGGAUGA